AUGUCGACCUCCACCCGCCACCCAGCCCGCCCGCGCCGCAUCGACGAUGCCCUCUCCCAACUAGUCGACUCCUUUACCCCCGCGCUCCCCAUAACCGCCCUCCAAGAUGAGGAUUACUCCGAUCCUGAGGAGGCCCUCGCAGCUGCAGAAGAACGCCGUCACAAUGCAUACCUUGAGCGAGCAUGGCGCAUCCUUGAUACCCACGUCUCCUCCAGCGCAGCAGAUACAGGCUCACCCUCCGGCCGCCGGGGUAGUGUCGCAGGCGCCGAGAAUGUUAAUAAUGCGGCCGAUCUCAUCAAGCGCAAGUUGCGGCGCGAAAAUGCCAGUCCUGAGCUUGCCGUGAAAUUCUCGAACAUGUACUCCAAGCUCCUGACGCAGCCUGUACUCUCGCAGAAAUGGGGUAUCCUGUACCUGCUUUACAAGCUCUCAGAAGAUAGUGAGGGCCUCGGCGAACAACAGUACGGCGAACGGAGUCGGAGCCCGUUGAUGGAUGAUGGGAAUUUACAGAAUAUGCUUGGGCCCAGAGCUCCACUGCCUAGACGUGGGACGGGUCCUCGGGCUAUAGAUUCUGAUGAUGAAGGCCCAGCUGUUAGCUCCUCUGCGUCGCAGCGUGUGCCGCUAUCUUCGAAGCCGGAGAGGCAGAGCUCGUUGCGUUAUGAGGGACUGGAGCAGUCUACUCUCCGCCUCGAGGGGGGUUCCUUUGAGUAUGGGCUUUUGCGCGAUUUGCCUUUCAACCUGCAGGGAUUGUCUUCAACGAAUCUGCAGUUUCAGUCCGCUACUUCUUUGAGGUUACCGGCUCAUCUUCCCGCGCCGAUUAUUUCCCUGCUGAAUUCUUUGGCUGAGCCUUGUCUUCUGUAUAAGGGGCUUUCGGCCUUUGUGGAGAGCACCGAGGGUGGCCUGGUGAAUCAGAGCUUGCGGGCUGCUAUUGCGAAUGAGUUGCGGUCUUAUCUUAGCUUGGUCGCUACAUUGGAGUCGGAGAUCCGUCAUGCGCUUGCUGCGAUUGGUGAUGCCAAUGAGCCCAACGGCGUUCGGAAGGGUGGUGUCACUCUGAAACGAUGUGUUGUUUGGACAAGGGAUGCUACCAUGGCACUCCGGUUGAUGAGUCUGAUCGUGGAAGAAUCUAAAGACAAAAAGGGUGGCCAAUUGAUAUCUCUGAUCCAUGGGUUCUCUUCAUCACAUGGUGACCCCUUUGUAUGUGCUUUUGCAGAGAAACUUCUUGCACAUGUUACACAACCGUUUUAUGACAUGCUUCGGUCCUGGAUCUACGACGGUGAGCUUUCUGAUCCUUAUCAAGAAUUCUUUGUUGCGGAAGGGAAGAACACAUCCGAUGAAGAUCCCCGACGUAUCGCAACCAGUGUUUGGGAUACCAAGUAUGUCUUGGAUGAGAAAAUGUUGCCUUCUAUCAUUACGCAAGAAUUCGCAAACAAGGUCUUCCUGAUCGGGAAAUCUUUGAACUUUAUCAGAUAUGCCUGUGGCGAUUCCGCUUGGGUGGAGGCCUAUUCGAAGGAAGCCUCAAAGGAGCUGAGAUACGGCGAUACAGCUACACUGGAGACAUCUAUUGAUGAGGCUUACAAGACCACUAUGGCACGUCUCAUUCAUCUUAUGGACAACAAGUUCAAGCUCUUUGAUCAUCUCCAAGCACUGAAGAAGUAUCUGCUUCUUGGUCAAGGUGACUUUAUCGCCCUAUUGAUGGAAUCGCUGGCCUCUAAUUUGGAUCGCCCGGCAAAUUCACAAUACCGACAUACUCUCACUGCGCAGCUGGAACAUGCUAUUCGUGCCUCGAAUGCACAAUUGACGCCCCCCGUGGACGUGGUCAUUACUCCCUAUGGCUCAACGCAGUAUCUCAAGGUCUUCAACUUCCUAUGGCGUGUAAAGCGAGUCGAGUUCGCCCUGAAUAGUACCUGGCGCCGUUGUAUGACGGGCGCACGAGGUGUCCUUACUCAUGUUGAUGACAAAGUAGGACCAGACUGGAAGCGCGCCCGAUGUGUUAUCGCUGAAAUGAUUCAUUUCGUCUGUCAACUCCAGUAUUACAUCCUCUUCGAGGUCAUCGAGUCCAGCUGGGAUACGCUGCAGGCGGCAAUCUCCAAGCCGGAAUGCACUCUCGAUGAUCUCAUCGUGGCACACAAAGAAUACCUGAACUCUAUCACACAUAAGGGUCUACUCGGCUCUGCUUCUCCGCGCUACGGCUCAUCCACUUCUAACGCCGCCAAAGGACCCGAAGAGAGCUUCCUCUCCCAGCUCCAUCAGAUCCUCAAAAUCAUGCUUUCCUACAAAGAUGCCGUGGACGGCCUUUACUCUUUCUCUGUGGCGGAAUUUACUCGUCGUCAGGAACUCAGCGCCAAAAUCGAAACUCGCACCGCGCAAGGCCGCUGGGGCGUCACAGAUCGCGACAUUAACCCCCGACGUACCAACAACCGCGGUGGCAUAUCCAUGGCAUCCAAUCCAGAUAUCCGGACCAUGAGCACCGGUCCGGAUGGUCUAGAUACCCCAUUGACCAUCUCAGCUCAUGACCUCGCUGCAGAUGAUCACAUGCUUGCGUCUCUCCGUGUCCGCCUACAUGAUCUCUCCGCUGAUUUCCGCUCUCGGCUGAACAUUCUCCUGGGUGAUCUCGCUUAUCAACCGGAUAUUGACAUGCGUUUCCUUGGCGUUGUCAUGAACUUUAACGAAGUCUACGAGCCUGUAAAACGGCGAAGACCUGCUGGUCCUACUUCAAGGGACAAGGAAAAGGAACGCGAACGAGAGCGUGCAAAGAGGAAGGCUGCUGCUGCUUCUCAGGCUCCCGGAUCAGGAACAGAGGGCACAGGCAGUUUCCCACGGGAGAUGCGUAGAGAACGAAGGGAUGGUUUUGAACAAGGUGCUAAUGUGGCUGGGGCCUGA